GGGGACAAAAUUAUUAUAUAAAAGACCAACAACAGUUGACACCAAUCAGUUCACCACCUUUCUGCAAACCAUAUAUACACUAAUUUAAACAUUCAUUCAAGAAUAAAAUGAAGAUCACAGUAUACUUAAGUGUACUCCUCUUGACAAUAGUUAUCAAAACUGUAAUGGUCAAUUCUAUCCUACAACUACCACCACAACAAUAUUGUGGUUCUAAAUUGGCAGACAUAAUGCAAAUUGUAUGUAAUAAAAAGUACAAUGGACCAACAAAUGGAAAAAAACGAAAUGAGAUUGAUUCAGAUGCAUGGGAUUACAAAGACCUAGAAGACUAUAAUGCAAUUGACUACCCAUACCAACCAAGGCAAGAAGCAAUGUUAUUUAUGCCCACACGUAUAGUACGCUCUUCUAAAAGAACUAUCAUUGAUGAAUGCUGUCGCAGACCAUGUUUAGUAGCUGAAUUAAAAACUUAUUGUGCUAACUAAGAUUAAUAGAUUUAAAUGUUUUUAAAUGCUAAAUAAAGUUUAAAUACUAUUAUAUAAA